CUUACCUGGACGAAGUUAAAUAUUUGUAUAUCAACGUAUAUUUUGUAUAUUCGAUAGAUCUUAUCUCAACCAUGUUCAAAUCUGUUUAAGUGUACUUAGUAUUUCUUUAUUUUUAUUUCCUUGGAUGCAUGUUGUGAUAUUUGGAAUUUUAUAUUUUAACCUACAUGUAUAAUACGGGAUGGUUUGAUAAUGUAUUUUGAAAUAUUUGUGUGUUAUUACACAUAAACUAUUAUUUGUAAUGUACGUACUUGAUGAUCAUGAUGAUUGUUGUUUACAGUUUUAAUCGAUAGACUGAUAGAGCGGAUUUUAUAAACAAGCAACAUGGAUUGUUGUGGACCAAAUUCAAUACGUAUAAAAAAGCCAACAGGACGAGUAGUGAAAACCGGUUACUUAACGAUUUAUGAAGAAGGGUGUUUUUUCAACGGAUGGAAGUCCCGUUACUUUGUGUUGUAUGACGACAGUAGUCUCUUAUGGUACCAGGACCGCGACUAUUACCACCACAAAGGUGGUAUUAAACUGAAGAUGGUAGCUAAUUUCAUGGCAGUUGGACCAAUGUGUCUUCAUACAGCUGGAUUUCCUCAACUUCCGAAAGGCAGACAGGUUAUACAUUUAAUGGGUGUUCCAGACAUCUUCAAAAAGGGAACCAAAAAAGAAUAUAUUAAAAUGAACUGGGUUCUAUUUACUGCAGGUGAUGAGGACAUGAUGGCUUGGUUGGAGGCAAUCAAACCAACGCUGCCACCACCUCCUGCAAGACCUGAGCGUCCUCAUCAUUCGAUCAAUAGUCAUCAGGCUGGGCCAUCUCCACCUACAAAUGUUGUGCAAUACCAACCACAAGGUCAAUUACCUGGGAAUAGGGAGGAACGGAGUAACACAGACUUAACAACUGGUAUAAUCCUUGGAGGAGCCAUAGGCUAUGGUCUUGGUGGUUAUGGACCAGGCUGGGGUUGGGGUUGGGGAUGGGGAUGGGGACCAACUCCUUACGGUGGAUACUGGGGAAGUUGGAGUGACUUUGGGGACGGUGGAAGCGUCAAUCACAUUGACUAUGAUUGUGGUAAUGACAAUGACUACGGGUAUGAUACACACGAUACUGGUGACUUCGAGGCUGGAAAUGAUGGUGCUGGAGGGGACUUUGGUGAUAGUGGCGGUGGUGGUGGCGGUUUUGGCGGUGGAGAUGGUGGUGGUGGUGGUGACGGUGGUGGCGAUGGUGGAGGUGGCGGAGGAGGAUGUGGAGGAGGCGGUUGUGGCGGUGGUGGAUGUGGUGGUGGGGGUUGUGGUGGCGAUUGAAGUAAAGAUAAAGAGUAUUUUAAUCUUAUGGAAAACUCUAAAUUGUAAAACUUUCAUCAACAUUAUUUUUCCCAAAGAAAAGUAAUUUGAAAUGAAUGAUUCUAUCAUUGUGGGUCACUGUGCUUGUAAUUUGUCAUCUUUAAGAGAAAAACUCGAAAUUAUAGAACAUAUUAUUUACGUAAUUACUCCAAAGAGAGGGAAAUUAAAACGAAUAAAUAUAUACCCUAGUGGGUCAAUUUUUUUUUGUUCCUACUUGAAGCUAUAUUCUCCUGUCAUAGUUCGUUUAACAUCUUUCAACGAAAAAUUUAUUUUGUUAUAAAAUUUGGACUCAAUAAACUAAACGACUGACUAGUGGUUAGUAUCUGUAAGUUUCCCUUUUUGAUGUUAUGAUGAAAUAUAAUGCACUAAAUUUCUUUAAUCGUAUGAAUAUCUAUAUUACUAAAAUUACGAGGUCCAAUUUGUCAGCCGUCAUCACGUAAAAACGACGAAUCAAAGAAUUCAACUUUAUAUAUUACUAAUAUAGUACAAAGGUGUAGAUUAAAAAUUACACCACUCCAGGCCCUUUUGUUUUCCACGUAAUUAAUAUUGCCAAGAAGUUCCGGGUCGAGUCCGAUACCGAUACCAAUAGUAUAUUCAUCUGUUACCUAUUACCUUACAUUUUUGUAUCUACAUGUUCUGCAAAUGACAGGCGCACCACCAAACGGUGUCAGGAUAUGCUAUAUGCAUGGGUCAUUUUCUCAGGGUUGACACUACUAAAUUGUCAAAUUUUUACCUAUUGCAGUAUUUUAAUCAGUAAGGCUUUAUAAGAUAACAAUACGAAUACUAAAAAUAAGGCGUAUAUGUACAGUUUUCAAUUUGUUAGCGGGCAUGACGUAAAACAGCCAAUCAAAGAAUUCAACUUUAUUUAUAACUAAUAUAGGACAAUGCUGUUGAUUAAAAAAUACUCCAUCCCAGGACCUUUUGUUUUCCAAAUAAUUAAUAUUACCAAUAAUUGAUAAGUUCCAGUUAGACGGUUUCAAACAGAAAGAUUUGAAAGCAGAGAAAAUUGUGAUAACUAUCUUAUAAUCGGCAUGACUUUAUCAGAUGACAAUACUAAUACAAAAAUAAGUCUUGCGUAUAGUUAUAUACUUUAAUUCAGUCACGGACCCGCGAUAUUACGGGUGUGUUCUAGUGUAAUAUAUCAAAGUCAGUAUUUAUUUAAUUACGAUCAAAUAUUUGCAAGAUUGCUUUUUGUUUUCAAUGUAAUCAAUAGAAAUAUCUGAUUUCUGAUAGCUGUGAUUAUUAUCAGACAUUAUUACAUUGAUUGCAAUGCAUUAAACUGAUUUCCAGAAACACCGAUCAUUUCAACAAUAGGCGUUGUCAAUACGUUGUAAAUUACGUCGGAUCAAAACAAUUAAUGGUUACGUAGAAAAAGAUAUAGUUCCGUUCAUUUUCUACUUUAUUCAUAAAAAAGUAUUUGCCUAUGUUAUAAAAAGAAAAACUAAUCAAAGUAAACAAAUAUCGAAAAAUAUUCCACUUUUAAACCACCAACACUGAUAAUGUAUUCAUGCGUACACGCAUUUGUGAAAUAAUGUGUUGUUUGGUCACUCGUUUAAUAUUUUUCUCUAUUUGAAUUCUUCGAUUAGUCAUUCUAUAAUUAUGAAAAAUAUGUCUAUCAUGUUUAUCUGAUAGAUAUUAUAUUAGAUUUUUUAUUCAUACAUAUUGUAUCUUAAGUUUACAGACCAUUACAAAUCACUGGAAAUAUUUUGUAUUAUAUCAUAUAUUUUUCUUAUAUUUUUCUUAUAUAUACAAACAGUGUUUUCUUCACUUUAAUGAAAUAUUUCCAUAUGUAUGCUUCUAAUUUGGUGCAUUACAGUCAUCAGAUUAAAGACGUAGAUUCGAUUGAUUAAAUGUUUAACUGUUGUUUGCUUAAAACAUGUAUGAACAUUUAAACUAGAGGCUAUAGAGAGUAUGUGUCGCUCUCGUUGGUCAAUGUCCAUAUUCCGGAAAAAACACUCUCUAACAUUGUAAAUGGGAAUAAAAUUCUUGACAAAUA